GAUUUUUAAUUAGCAAAACGUCAAAAUCCGACGCAGCUAAGUUGGUCAUAUCGCGGAAUAUCUCUUUUUGCACUAUUUCUUCAUGUUUUAAGAGUCAAAAUGUUGAAAAACUGGAAGAAUUGGUGUCGCCUGUGUGGACGAUGUGAUUACAAGAAUGAAGGAAUCGUCAAUGAAGUGGAAUCAAUCAAUGAUUUCCUGGACAUUGUCAACAAACAUUUCACGAUAUCGCUCAUUCCUCAUGAUGAGAGAUUGUCAUCAAUGUGCAGCAGUUGCACGAAUUUUCUGACAAAAUUGGAAGGAUUCGAGGACAAAUGCCUCAAGACAGAUCAAAUGUUCAAGGAUCUGCUGAAGACACGAAGGAUUUCCAAUCCUGGACUUCAGGCAAUUCGUUCAAAGUACGGCAUUGAGGAAUCGGAUGAAAAUGAUCCGUUGGGGAUGGAUAUUGAUGAUCCUGUUGCAGUGAAACAGGAAUUAACUGAAAGAGCUCAAGCCAGAGGGCAGAAGAGAAAAGCAGGGAAUAAGAAACUCUUCGUUGUAUCCUUCAAGGGGGAUAAAUCAUAUUUGGCAGUGUCAUAUGAUGGUGAUGAACCAGAUUAUUCAGACUUCAUCGACAGUGUACGUACAACAUUCAGUGUACCUGAUAUAACGUUGUACUGCCCAAAUGAUAUAAGAAUCACACCCGAUGCAUUCAGUUGUGUCUUUGAGAACAAUCCACCGGAGUAUGUGGUCCUCAAACCAGGAGGUACGUCAAAAGUGAAUGAUCCACCAGUACGGUCAGUUGUAAGCAGACCAGUUCCCGAGAGGAUUGAUGUUCUUGAUUUCCAAGAACUCGAAAAGUCCUGCCAGGAUUUGAUUUACAAGCAAACUACACCGCAAAUCCAAAUGGUCAGUGGGAGUGGGAUGUUCCAGCGUGAGGUGUCAAGUGAAGAAUCAUCCAAUCAAGAUCCUCAGGAUGACUAUCAAGCCAUGGUAACAGCCACUGUACGCAAGAGUUCAAACACAAAGCAAAUCCUCAAAGAAAUUCGGGAAGUUAAGGAAAAACUUACAGCUGGACUUGAUGACGUCAAAACUUCCUUGCAGCUAAUGACCAAUCGUGUUUCAACUGUGGAUGGGGCCAACAAUCAAAUUCUCAUGAGUGUUGAUAAGAAGAUUGUCUUUGAGCAACCACACUUUUUGCCCUUUAAGACCGAAGAAGAAUUCCUUGCAUUCAACAGUGAGCCCAAAGAUAGUGAAAAGUUCAUUCUCGCCGUCUCCUACUUCACGUGGCUACUUCGUAAUACGCUGCAUGAGAGUGUUCGUAUUAUGAUUCAGAAAGGGCUAGAUGAUUGCUUUUCGAGGCGUGUGACUUUCUUUGGGGAAAAUCAUUCCAUAAAGUUCAAUGAGAGUGGCCUAGCUCGGGCUAUUUUCCAGGCACUGGCAAAUGGGCAGGAUAAGUUCAGUAUGCCAAAUGCAGAUGAAUUCAGAAUUGCCAUUCAGGCGGCAAUUAAUGCGUCAAAGCAGCGCGAUCGCAAUCGCAAUCGUCAGAGUCAAGCAAACAAAAGCGGUGAUUACAGCCGCAGAGAUGACACAGAGGACCGAAAGCCAAGAAAGCUCUCUGGAAAUAUGAAGUUUUUAGAGCAAUAAAAUAAGUUUUUAUCUAUCGCUCAAAUCUAAAUUUUUAAACUUUAUUUUAGUUUGUUUUUAUCUAGAUUAAGUGGAUGAAAUAAAAUGAAGUUUGGUUCAAAAAA